GAGAGAAUAAAUAGCAAAGGCCGUAAGAUGUAAAGGAUGCACAAUUGAAGAUGAAAGUGUGAUUGAAAAUUUAAAUACAAUUUCAUCCAUUUUUCAUCCACCAAAUGUCUAAAUUUGCUGUAUUGAAAUUUGUUUCCUUCAUUGUAGUACAGCCUAUAUAGGGAUGAAUUAGUUCGUCCAAUGAUACAUUUUUUUUCCUUUCUUUUUUGUGGUGAUAUAAUAAUAUUAUGUAUUGAAAAUGUGGGGAAAGUGACACGUGUACAGCUCCAUUUUCAUGUUGGAUUCCUUAAAAUCCAAUCAUUUCUCAUAAUUAUAAGAGGAAAAAAAAAAACCAAAAAACAGAAGAAGAUCUCAUCAAGAACAAGUCAGUGACACUACUGCGUGAGUGUGUGAGGCAAAUUAAGGGAGGAGAAAAAGAGAAAGCGGAAGAAAAAGGGAUAUGGGAAGAACAGUAUUUUCAACAUCACCAAGGGUGGAUGUGAUCGUAGACCUGGGCAACCCAUUUCUCAACCUCACUGUUGACGGUUUCCUCAAAAUCGGCUCUGUUGCUGUAGCCAAAGCAGCUGCAGAAGAAGCUUAUUUCAUUGCCAAACGAGGGAGUGUCUCACGUCACGACUUUGAAAAAUCGUUGAAGAAGAUGUGCAGAGAAGGUGCAUACUGGGGAACAGUGGCUGGGUUGUAUGUUGGAAUGGAGUAUGGUGUGGAGAGGGUUCGUGGUGUUAGAGACUGGAAGAAUGCAAUGAUCGGGGGCGCAUUGACCGGAGCUAUUGUGUCUGCAGCUAGUAACCAAAGCAAGGACAAGAUUGUGUUGAAUGCGAUCACUGGUAGUGCAGUUGCAACUGCUGCAGAAUUCAUCAACCACUUCACAUGAAAAAGGAUGCAGCGAACUUUCAUUGCAUGUUUCAGGUUCAGGAAACUCUGGGAUUUUAUAAGCUUGAACGAAAAUAAAAGCACCCUCCCUUCUGAUUGUGUUGAUUGGGUAAUAACUCUUAUUAGCAUUUUAUGAUAAGUAGAAAUACAUGUGGAGUGCAAGAAGGUGAUGUAGAAGAACCUUGCUUAUGCAUUAACGUUCAAAUAUUUAGCAGAAGCAAGUCAAAUCUACCAAACUACUAGAAGUUAUAGAUUUAGGUCUGAAUAAAAUGUCUUCUUACUUUCUUCCCAAUUCUUUGCAGGCCAUUGCCUUCCCUU